AUGAGUUCCCCGGACACCGAGGCCAUGCGCCUCCUGCACGAGUUCUCCAACGGCUUCAUGGUGUCCCAGGUGCUCUUUGCCGCCUGUGAGCUGGGAGUGUUCGACCUUCUUGCCAAGGCCCCGGUGCCCCUGGGCUCCGCUGAAGUGGCCGCACGUCUGGGUACCAGCUGCCGGGGGACACAGCUGCUGCUGGACGCCUGUGUGUCCCUGAAGCUGCUUCAGGUGGAAACGAGAGGAGGACAAGCUUUCUAUGAAAACACAGAGCUGUCGAGCACCUACCUGGCCAGGGCCAGCCCCACAUCCCAGCAUCACAUGCUGCUGUACCUGGGCAGGACGACCUACCGGUGCUGGGGCCACCUGGCCCAGGCUGUGAGAGAAGGGAAGAACCAGUAUCUGAAGGAAUUUGGGGUUCCCUCAGAAGAGCUUUUUACAGCCAUCUACAGGUCGGAGGACGAGCGUCUGCAAUUCAUGCAAGCCCUGCAGGCCAUCUGGAGUGUGCACGGGAGGAGUGUGAUGGCUGCCUUUGACCUGUCCCCGUUCCCUCGUGUCUGCGACCUUGGUGGCUGUUCGGGGGCUCUGGCCAAGGAGUGUGUGUCUCUGUACCCUGCAUGUCACGUCACCGUUUUCGACAUCCCGGAAGUGGUGCACACGGCAAGGAAGCACUUCCUGUUCCAGGAGGAAGAACGGAUUUGCUUCCGGGAAGGAGAUUUCUUUAAAGACCCCCUUCCGGACGCCGAUCUGUACAUCCUGGCCAGGGUUCUGCACGACUGGGCCGAUGACAAAUGCUCACAGCUGCUGGCGAGAAUCGGGCAGGCCUGCAAGCCAGGUGGCGGCGUCCUGGUGGUCGAAAGCCUCCUGGAUGCAGACGGCCGGGGCCCGCUGACCACGCAGCUGUACUCACUGAACAUGCUGGUGCAGACGGAGGGCCAGGAGCGGACGCCCGCCCAGUACCAGGCACUGCUGGCUCCCGCCGGCUUCCGGGACGUCCGGUGCAAGAGGACCGGGGGCAUUUACGAUGCCAUCCUGGCCAGAAAGUGACGCCCCUCACGGAGCCACAGCCGCCCUCCGAGCACAGAAG